AUUCAUAGACCUCUCGUUCUCGGCUUUCGCGGCAUUUUCAUUGCUGCUUUUAUAUAGGUCUAGGGUUAGGGUUUUGGGAGCGCCGCUUGGAGGUUGGGGAUGAGGUCUUGGAAUCUCUCGCAGCGUGGCGGGGUUUACGUGGCUCUGCUGGUGUUGGUGCUUCCUGUGCUGUGUCCUUCCCUCUUCUCCCCGCUUGGCCACGCCUCGCCUUCCGUAUUUUCGGAAUGGAAUGCUCCAAAGCCAAGGCAUCUGUCACUUUUGAAGGGCGCUGUACAACGCCAAAUUUCGGAUGAACAGAAAUCUGAGCUCUGGUCCCCUUUAGCACCAAAUGGAUUGAAGUCAUGUGUCAGCCCUGCAAAUGGCCCUGUAGUUCCCAAAAACACGCAGGGUUACAUUCAGGUAUUUCUUGAUGGGGGGCUCAACCAACAGAGAAUGGGGAUUUGUGAUGCUGUUGCAGUUGCUAAAAUCUUGAAUGCAACACUUGUGAUCCCACAUCUUGAAGUCAAUCCUGUUUGGAAAGAUUCAAGCUCAUUUGAAGACAUCUUUGAUGUGGAUCACUUUAUUGAUGUCUUGAAAGAUGAAAUUCCAAUAGUGAGAGACUUGCCAGAGGAGUAUGCUUGGAGCACCAGAGAGUAUUAUGCAGUAGCAAUUCGAGCUACAAGAGUUAAAACCGCUCCUGUUCAUGCUUCAGCCAACUGGUACCUGGAGAACGUGCUGCCUGUGUUGCAGAGUUAUGGGAUUGCUGCGAUUGCCCCCUUCUCCCACCGUUUGGCUUUUGAUAACGUACCAGAGGAUAUCCAAAGACUCCGUUGCAAAGUAAACUUCCAAGCAUUGAUCUUUGUCCCCCAUAUCAGGGAGCUUGGCGAGGCCCUUAUUAAACGCUUGAGAUAUCCGGUCCAACCACAGUCAGGUGCAGAUGAUGAAUACAUUCAGACGACAGUGAACAAAAACAUCAACAGAGGUCCAGGAAAGUUUGUAGCAUUGCACCUUCGGUUUGAUAAGGACAUGGCUGCCCACUCUGCCUGUGAUUUUGGUGGUGGGAAAGCCGAAAGGCUGGCCUUGGCAAAGUACAGGCAGAUUAUUUGGCAGGGAAGGGUCUUAAACUCACAAUUCACUGAUGAGGAGCUGCGUAGCCAGGGUCGGUGCCCUUUGACUCCAGAAGAAAUUGGAUUGUUGCUGGCAUCUUUAGGGUUUGACAGUCAAACCCGCCUUUACCUUGCCUCUCAUAAGGUUUAUGGUGGAGAGGCGAGGAUCUCUAGUUUACGCAAACUUUUCCCUUUGAUGGAGGACAAGAAAAGCCUUGCUUCUGAGGAGGAGCUCAGAAAGGUUGAAGGAAAGGCUUCUCUUUUAGCUGCCGUUGAUUACUACGUUAGCAUGCAAAGUGACGUAUUCAUUUCUGCAUCGCCUGGCAAUAUGCACAAUGCUAUGGUUGGUCACCGGACGUAUGAGAACUUGAAGACAAUCAGGCCGAAUAUGGCUCUGCUGGGCCAGCUAUUUUUGAAUAAGAGCAUGGAUUGGUAUGACUUCCAACAGGCUGUACAGGACGGACACCAGAAUAGACAAGGGCAAAUUCGAUUGAGGAAAACUAAACAAUCCAUCUACACAUACCCAGCUCCUGAUUGCAUGUGUUCACGCUAAUAGCUGCUCUUCUUCCCACUUCAGCACUGCAACAUUCUCCGGUAUUGCUAGUCUCUUGCAAUGCUAUCGAAGGAAAGAAGGAAAGACCACCGGACCGGGUUCGUUAUCAGAUCAUUAUCCCAUGUGCAUGGAAUGGGACUCAAAAAACAAAAUGUGUCCUUAUUAUGUGUUUGCUGGACUACUCGUGUAAAAUAUAUUCCGAGUAUUCAUCCAUCAAGCAGGUUUGUAUUCUGUGAGAGAGAGCAAUAUUUGUACCGUGAAAAGCUAUUAUGCUCGCUGGAGUUGAUGACUCGGGAGUCUGGAUAAUUAAGGUUUAAUAAAUUGAAUCUAUUUACACUCGAGUACA